AUGGCUAUCGGUGGUUUGAUUUCGAACCGGAAUUUCGGUUCUUUUAUAGUCUCAGGCAAAGUCUGUCCGACUGAAAGAACCAUUUCACAUCAUAGGGGAGAGCGAUCAGGCAUUGCUUCUGCACGGUAUGCACAGGGGAGCAUCUUCUAUGAAAAGUUGCAUUGUCAAAUGGCUAAUGGUUUCACUUCUGGAUCUUCAUAUCCCUCAUUUCUUCAAGUUGCUGGUCAUUUUGAUGAAAAUGUUUUCAAACCAUUAGCAACUUAUCCCCAACAAAGAAUACGAAGAUGCAAAUGUUAUCUCUCUGCAGAUCCCUCACUUGGCAGUUGGCUUCGACCUAACAAAGGGCAAUGCCAGCAUUUCAAUGAUGUCAAGGUGGAUAGAACCCGUCCUUAUUAUAAAUCCGAGGAGUAUGAGAUAACAGAAUCCGCAUCUGUGGACUCCCUGAAGUCAGCAGAGGGGUCAAGUGAGGCUGUUUUAGUAUCUCCUUGGUGGGAACAGUUUCCAAAGCGAUGGCUGAUUGUACUACUCUGUUUUACAGCAUUUCUCUUAUGCAACAUGGACCGUGUUAACAUGAGCAUUGCGAUACUUCCCAUGUCACAAGAGUUCAACUGGAACAGUGCCACGGUUGGUUUAAUUCAGUCCUCAUUUUUCUGGGGCUAUCUACUGACGCAGAUUGUUGGAGGCAUAUGGGCAGAUAAAAUUGGUGGAAAGCUAGUAUUGGGUUUUGGAGUGGUUUGGUGGUCAAUAGCUACAGUAUUGACCCCCAUUGCUGCAAAAAUUGGGCUUCCUUUUUUGCUUAUGAUGCGUGCUUUCAUGGGGAUUGGAGAGGGUGUCGCUAUGCCUGCCAUGAAUAACAUUAUUUCCAAGUGGAUUCCGGUGUCCGAGAGAAGCAGAUCACUAGCCCUAGUUUAUAGUGGAAUGUAUCUUGGCUCUGUCACAGGAUUGGCUGUGUCCCCCAUGCUAAUCCAUAAAUUUGGAUGGCCAUCUGUCUUCUACUCAUUUGGCUCCCUUGGAAGUAUCUGGUUUGCAUUAUGGCUCAAAAGGGCAUAUAGUUCCCCAGAGGAUGAUCCAGAACUUAGUCUGCGGGAAAAGAAGCUUAUCUUGGGCAACAGUGUAUCAAAGGAACCUGUAACAGUCAUUCCUUGGAAGUUAAUAUUAUCAAAAGCCCCUGUUUGGGCUCUCAUCAUUUCUCACUUCUGUCAUAAUUGGGGGACCUUUAUUCUUUUAACGUGGAUGCCUACAUAUUACAAUCAGGUUUUGAAGUUUAAUCUCACCGAAUCAGGACUUUUAUGUGUGUUGCCAUGGUUGACCAUGGCUGUUUUUGCAAAUAUAGGAGGCUGGAUUGCCGACACACUUGUGAGCAGAGGUCUGUCUAUAACAGCAGUUCGGAAGAUCAUGCAAUCAAUUGGGUUUUUAGGCCCAGCCUUCUUCCUUACACAGCUCAGCCACGUCAGGACUCCUGCUAUGGCUGUACUCUGCAUGGCAUGCAGUCAGGGAUCUGAUGCAUUCUCCCAGUCUGGUCUCUAUUCCAAUCACCAAGAUAUUGGCCCCCGUUAUGCUGGAGUUCUGUUAGGACUAUCAAAUACUGCAGGAGUACUUGCAGGUGUCUUUGGUACUGCUGCAACUGGAUACAUACUCCAAAGGGGUUCUUGGGAUGAUGUGUUUAAGGUGGCCGUUGCACUUUAUAUCAUAGGCACAUUAGUCUGGAACUUGUUUUCAACUGGAGAGAAAGUUCUUGACUAG